CAAUCCUGCAGACCAGCGUCGGAAUCAGCGUCGAGGUGAUACUCCAAGUGUUUGUAACCUGACGUUUUGGAGAGGAACCGAGCAUGAAACGAUAAAACACAUCGUUUAUUAAUUUUCCAAAUCGCUAUACUCUAAAUUUAAAUGUUCGAAAGACCGAGAAUCUCUUUAUACUGUCUGAUUAUUAAAAUUAUCAUAUUUCAGAUUCAAAGCGCCGAUGGAUACAGUGAUGGAAUUAACGACCAGUGGAAUUUCAUGGGCAGUAAAUCACGAGUUCUGGCUCUACUCAAUUAUCAAUGCUGAGGAGCCGAAAAUACUGGAGACUCAGGCAUCAAAAAUCCAUUCUUACUGGCGAACCGACGUCGUUCAACAGCACUUUGAUAUACGUACUCAGUUGGCUGUUCACAGCGACAACUUAGUGACUCACGAUCCAGUGAAAAUGACAGUUGGCCAGGUGCAGGGAACGUUUUACAUUCUGGCGAUUGGACUCGCGAUAAGCGGAUUGGUUUUCCUGAAAGAGUUGUACGAUGCACAAAAAUCGACUCGUCAACGCAAAAAGGAGAUAGAAGGGUAUUAGGUAUUAACGACAAUACGGAAAAAUAGUCACGCCUUUCAUAGCCUUGACUUCUCUUUCGUACUAAUCACAUGUUCGAAGAAUCGAUGGAAUAUUCAACUCAGGGCUGCAAUGUGAAUGCCACUUACAAGUAAGUGAAUCGUAUUAUUAGAUCGAUAGCGUUCAACUUUAACGUCUAAAAUUAUCUUAUUUUUGAAGAGCACCAUAAAUACACGGUUCGACUUUAUUGUGGUUACGAAACCGUCAAAAACAGUAUCACCAGCGUAAAAAUGAAAAAAAUCGUCGUAUAAUCUGUUCCACAAGUAGUGUUGUAAGCUUCUUAUUCUGGAACUAUAUUGUAAUCAUAUGCACUGCUUGCUGCGCUAAUGUGUACGUGCGGAUUAAACUCUAUCGUUAUAAUUAUUAUUAUAAGCGUGACGACAGUUACACGUACGAUACAAUUACAUUAUUUUAUGCCGUGACAAGGUGAUAAAUUGUUGCCGUGCGUUUUAAACGUUCACCAACGAAUUCACCUGCAGGCCUGUAACGAUAUGCUAGAUAUCAAAUUUAGAUUGUCACGGAUCGCAAUUGAAUCCCGAUCUGGCUUAUAAAUCAUUUUCCAUCAGAUCGGGGAUUUUUUUCGGACCUGCUCGAACGUCGCUUAUAAUUGGCCACAAAUAUUUUAGUAUUAUUCGAAAGUAGUCACUGUGAAUUUUUUUCAGAUUUUCUAAUUAUACCUACAAGAAGAUGCACUUUUUUGCGACAAUAUACAGAAUUACUGGGUUCAAGUAAGUCAGGUAGAAAAAUUGUAAUUACAAACAUAUU